GUGCGUCAACUCGUCAAAUUUGAUUAAUUUCAGCUGUGGACAUCUUUCGUGUACGAAAACGUCCACCGACAAGUUCUGGGGACCAGAUCCAGGUUUUUCAUCUGCAGCGAUGAUCGAUGAACUGUACAGGAGCGAUUCAGUGUGACUUUUAAUAAUUUUAAAUAUUACUGCAUCCAUUGCUUGUGGUAGUUCGAAUGGGUGGACGUUACUGCGGGCCGUAGUUUUGUAUAUGACUCUUAAAAUCAACCAAAUUUUCUGGAUUACUGGUGGACCCUAACUAGGAGUGUCCAACCUACCACCAUCAUGGCCUCUGCCACCUCCACCCCUGCUGUUUCCAGCGGCCGCUCCAGCCGCUCCGCAUCCCGUUGCAGCGCAGCCGCCGGCCUCACCACGUCCAGCACCAGCCCGACCUGCCUGUCUCGCAUGCAGGAGAAAGAUGAGCUUCGACACCUCAACGACCGCCUCGCCAACUACAUCCAGCGGGUCCAAGAGUUGGAAAGCGAGAGGUCCUCCAUACUGAUUCAGCUGGAGGAAAAGGAUGAAUCGAAAAGCCGGGAGAUGGGCAACGUGCGGCGGCUGUAUGAGGAGGAGUUGGCCGAUGUCAGAAAGUCCCUGGACGGCCUGGCCGGAGAGAGGGCCCGUCUACAAAUCGACUACGGGAAUCUCUGCGAGGAGUACAGGAAACUUCAAGCUAGGAACCAGAAGAAGGAGAGUGAUCUGGCGAACGCGUUGGCCCAGUGGAGGAAAGUUGAGGCAACUCUGAGCUACAAGGAUGCUGAAUGCACUAAGUUGCUGUCUGAGAACAGCAGACUCAAGGACGACUUUACUGACCUGCAGGGCCAGCUGGAAAAUGUAGAGGGCGUACUGUCAGAUGCCAAGAACCAGCUGAGCUCUGAGAUCCUGAGGAGGGUGGACUUGGAGAAUCAGAUGCAAACACUCAAAGAACAGCUUGAACUGCAGAAGAACAUCAGUGAGCAGGAGAUCUUGGAGAUCCGAAGCCGACAUGAGAGCCGUCUAGUGGAGGUGGACUCAGGAAGACGUAGAGAGUUUGAGAGUAAACUGGCUGAGUCAAUGCAGCAGCUCCGCCAGGACCAUGAGUCUCAGCUGCAGCAGUACAAAGAAGAGAUCGAAAGAACCUUCAGCUCAAAGUUACAGAAUGCCCAGCAGGCUGCACUGGAGAAAAACAACAUUGUGUCAGCCACCAAAGACGAACUGGAAACCACUAAGAUCAGAGUAGAGACCCUCAGCUCCCAGCUACAGCAGUACCAGAAAGAUAAAAUGGUGCUGGAGAGCCGCUUUCAGGAGCUGGAGAGGACUCUGGACAGGGAGCGGGAGGUUUGGCAGAAGAAUCUCAGUCAGAAGGAGCAGGAGCUGCUGAACAUGAGAAGCCAGAUGUACAGCCAGCUGGAAGACUACGAAAACCUGCUGGAUGUCAAGCUAGCUCUGGACAUGGAGAUCAAUGCUUACAGGAAGAUGCUGGAAGUGGAGGAACAGAGAUUGCAGCUGUCACCCAGCCCCUCCCAGCGUACAUCUAUACCUCGAACACAUGAACACAGCAGCCGCAAACUCAGAGGGAAGAAACGGAAACAUGAGGGAGCCUCUGGCAGCUCACCUGCCUAUAAAAUGUCCAGUCGUUCAACAGCCCAUGGUACUGUGAGCGUGGCAGAGGUCGACACCGACGGAAAAUAUGUUAGACUGAAGAACCACACUGAGACAGAGCAGCCACUGGGUGGUUGGGUAGUUCGGAGGAUGUAUCCAGACUCUGGAGACAUCUCCUUCCACAUCCCCUCCUCCUGUGUCCUGGCUGGUGGGCAGACACUCACAAUCUGGGCAGCAGGUGCAGAGGUGGAGGCUGAUUCUGGGGACCUGAUUCUUCAGGGCCACAGGAGCUGGGGCCCCAUCUCUGAUGUAAGGGUAAUCCUCCUGAACCCCAACCAUGAGGAGAUGGCUGAACGCAGUGUGCAUAUGCAGGGUAGAGGUGAUGAGGAAACUGAACUGGAGUUUGAUGAAGAAUUUGUUUCAGGCAGUGACAUCCAGCAUUUUCGGAGACAGCCAAAGAGAAAGAAGAAGAAGUGUUGUUCUGUGUCUUGAGUGCAGAGCAGACAUGUGCUGUACAGUAGGAUCUAUCCAAGGAGGCAAGCUGUGCCGUCAUGUGAUUGCAUGAUCAUCUCCUGCUGACCCUCACGUCCACCUGGAAAACCUGGUCUUCCUUUGGCCUCAACAACAAACUCCACUCUCCGAUUUAAACUACAGUAGGACACUGAGAUGUUAGUUUUGACUCUGAAGAGAUCAGAUGCCUUACAGCAACAGUAUCAACCUCAGUAUUCCUCACCUGUUUCAUCACUCUUAACUGCACAAGAUAUGAGCUUUGCCUUGAAUCGAUCUAAUUUAAAUGAAUGUGUGUGUGUGUGUGUGUGUGUGUGUGUGAAAUAAAACUGUUGGUAUAAUAAAGUUUUAUAAACAAAUACA